GUUUUGGUCCGGCGGUACAUUUGGAAAGCUGUAUUGUCUCUUUCUGAAGUGUGCUAACGUCAACUAACUAAAACGUUGAGGAGCUUUCUGUUAAAGAGCUAAGCUACUACUAGGACAGCUGGCCAUAAUGUCGUCUCAAGCUGGUCUGCACAACCCAGAGACCGACUUCCUCGCACGAUGGAUGCCAUGCAGUUCUCGGGCUGGUGUGAUCCUCAAUCCCUCUGUGGACCUAGCCAGGUCACUGAGCGGCAGCAGUUGGGCGGCUCAAGACGUCGACGACUCCUUCUCAGCGCAGUUCGCCCCUCUUCCGUACUCCAGCAACAGCAGUUCCCUGAGUGUUGAGCACCUUAUCCCGGAUGAGGCUGCUGCAGCUCUCGGCAAGUCUGACCAGCUGCUCGGGAAGAUGAACUUGAUAGCCUUUAACAAUCUCACCGCCCUCCAACACACCCACACCGGUGCUGUCAAGCAGGAAUCAGCCGGUGACAUGGGCAGCAUAGUGGAGACUUCUGAACAGCCACCAGAAGACUUGAUGCUGAAAUUGGAACAGCUGAAGGAGUGGCAGCAGCAGAUGCAAGAGAAGUUGAAGGCCCAGCAGAUGCAGCAACUCCAGCAGCUGCUGGAGGAGCAGCAGCGGCUCCUGGGUUUGGUGUAUGACUCGCAGCGGGCUAGUGCAGGUGACUUGGGGGAGUCUCAGCUGACAGAGGGGGACUGGGGGGCUGAUACGGUCCUGGAGGGCCCCUCUAUGUCACAGGGAGAGAAGCAGCCCUGCCUUUCCACUGUGUCGGAUCUCCAGGGGGCCCCUGUUCUCCAACGGCAGCCUGUCUCACCCCUGCAAUGGGCCCCCAGCAGCCCUCCUGCUGCAGACCUUCAUUGUCACCCCGAGGAAGAGGAGAAAGAAGACCCUGACAAGACCUUGGGUUCAAAUGUUCGUGUUCAGCGAUGGAGUGAAGACCCUUUCCGGGAGGAUGAUGAUGUUGAUGAUGAUGAAGUAGCUGAGGAGGAGGAAGAAGAUUCUCGACAUGCUGUCCCCUCAUGCAUUGCAGACUCUCCGCAGAUUGCCGACAGAAAGGGAGAAGAACCCAAGAAUUUGCAGGACCGACCCAUCAGACCUGGGAUUGGAGGGAGGAGUCGGACAUUUGAGGAGCUGCUGGAAGAACAGCUGCGGAUGGAGGAGCAGAGACUGAAUUCUGGCACGCAGAAACAGGGCUCUGCGGGGGCAGAGGAAGUCCGAGCCAAUCCAAAGAGGCCAUUCCUCAGGAGGGGGGAAGGCCUGUCCCGCUUCAUGGGGGGUAAAGCCCUGGCACCUCGGAGGGGCAGUAAAGAGGUCUCCAAGCCCACAAGCACCCAAGGGGCCGCCGAGUCUGCCAGCGGCGACGAUCGACGUCGACCUCCCGUCCAACGCAAGACCACCGUCCUCAGCCGAGAGCCUCUUUCCACGUCCAUGCCGCCCAACCGGACCAGGGCCAAAAUGAAGGAAACGAAGCCGGGCCGGGUGCCGCGACAACCCUGUGUUCCAACGGGCCAGCAGAAGCUGAACUCCAUGGGUGUCAGUUUGGGGAGGCCCAGGAGUGAAGUCAAACAGCCACAACAGCUGCAGCAAGAGGUACCGCUGCCCAUCAAGUCCCAACAUGCUCCGGGUCAGGCGUCGCAGGUGAGGGCCGGCCUGGCCAAGGGGGUGGAGGAGUUAGGUGGAGGCAGGCAAGUCGCCCCAGGGCAGGAGUACUCGCUGGAGCAGUCCUUCCAGACUAAGCUAGAGAGCUGGGACCUGGAGAGGCAGAGGGAGAGGGUGGAGCUGGGGGAGUUUGAGCUGCUGGAGCAGGCGGCCGAGGAGAUGUCCUUCUCCAGCAACUCCUCCUUCGUCUUGAAGGUCCUGGAGUUGGACCGGCAGGACAGCAGGGGGCGCCGCCACCCCCACCGCCGGCUCUCCUCCACCCCCAUCAAGUCCCCCAAGCCCUCCCCGCCCAAAGCGGGCCUGAGUAGCGGUGACGCCCCUGACCGACCGGGGAGCACCCUGCCCUCCUGCCCAUCCAUCGCCGUGGCAGCGGCGGCCAGGGUAGAUCCCGUGGAGGGAUCGGGCGAGAGAGGUGCGGCAGUCACAUCGGAUUCCUGCACUUCAGACUCCGAGGAGAUGGAAGAUGAGCCGGAGCAGGAAGUACUGCAGCAAGCACCGGCGUUACCCAGCAGCCCCUGCUUCUCCCCAUCCCAGGGGCAGUACGACAAGACGUCCUACCAGGACGAAGAGGGCGACCUUUGCAGAGCGGGUGAACACGGCGGAACCGAUGGCUACACGGACCACAAUGACUCCACUCUGACGGAGGGCCAGGGGCAGGGUUUCAAGGAGGACCGCUUGGUAUUCGACGACGAUGACACCUGGAACGAUUUGGAAGACACCGGCAAUGCAGAAGACGGCGGCAGCAGUGAUGGCGGGGGCAUUACCCAUGAUCCUCCGGGAGGAGAGAGCGAUAGAGCACUGAAGAGGAAGGUGGCCACUGUGAAGGUUCCUGAAUGCGUACCGCAGGUCAGCCCGGUCCUUCGGGAAUUGGAACCGCCCCCCACCUCUCAGCUAGUCGCCAAACUUUUCCCCUCACUGAAGCCCAAACCACAACCUCCCCCUCCCCCGGCCCCUGCACCCACAGUGACAGCAGGAGACCAAGUGACAGGGCGCCAGUCCAGGCUUCUGAGAGAGAGACUUGUGGAGCUAGAAAUUGAGAUCGAGCGGUUCCGCUCAGAGAACACAGCCCUGGCCAGCCAGCGGCAGGAACGGGAGAAAACUCUGGAGGCGCUCAGGAAGGAGAGGGCGGAGUUUGAGCGGAUGAAGGAGGAGGAGCUGGCACGGUUGGAGGAGUUUAAGAAGGAGGAAACUCGCAAGCUGCAGAAGGAGCGCAAGUUGUUCGAGAAGCAUGCCGCUGCCGCCCGGGCCAUACCUGACAAGAAGGAGCGUGAGGAGAUACAGGCCCUGAAGCUGCAGCUGAGCUCCCUGCAGGAGGAGCUCCAUCGCCGGGAGGGGCGCUGGUCCAACACUCACAGCCGGCUGCGGCAGCAGGCCGAGGCCCUGGCGGAGGAGAACAGCGCCCUGCGGGAGGAGGUGCGCGCCCUGGAGCGCCUCCGAGUCUCCGCCUGGAAGAGGGACGAGGCGGAGAGGGAGAGCUGCAGGAAGCCCUGUGGGAGCAGUGCGGCCCGCUCCAAAUCCACCAGCCCGCCAGGUGCUGUGAAGGCCAGCCAGCCUUUGACUGUCACUGCCAGGGAGACCCGAAGGGUGACCAUUCCUCCCAGGGGCACUCAGAGAAGCAGCAGCAGGAAGUCCCCACCGGCACCCAGCCUCAGAUCUGGAGCACAGGAACAGGAUCAAGGGCAGCCUAUCACAGCACAGACAGCAAGGACUCCUCCAGCUCUGCUUUCUAGAGCAGUUGUGUCACAGACAGAGUCCUUUGAGGAGGAAGAGGAGGAGGAGGAGGAAGAGCAGAGCCGGAAGGAGAUCACUCAUCCUGAUGGAAAGAUUGAGACCGUCCUGCGCUGUGGGACCCGGCUCAUAGUCUUCCCCAACGGAACCCGCAAAGAGGUGUCAGCCGACGGGCGCACCGUCAAAGUCAACUUUUUCAACGGUGACGUCAAGCAGGUCAUGGAGGACCAGAGAGUGAUUUACUACUAUGCAAACACCCAGACCACUCACACCACUUACCCUGACGGCAUGGAGGUUCUACAGUUCCCUAACAACCAGAUCGAGAAGCAUUUCCCAGACGGUCGUAAGGAAAUCACCUUUCCUGACCAGACGGUAAAGAACCUAGGGCCGAACGGGGACGUGGAGAGCGUGCUUCCGGACGGGACCAUCAUACAAGUCAAACCAGACGGCACCAAAGUGAUCCAGUUUAACAAUGGGCAGAGGGAGGUGCACACGGACAAGUUUAAACGUCGAGAGUACCCUGAUGGGACGGUGAAGACGGUCUACUCUGACGGCCGGCAGGAGACCCGCUACCCCACCGGCAGACUGCGCAUCAAGGACAAAGACGGGCGCGUCGUCGUAGACUCUGGGAGUUAAAACCCUGGGGAAACCUCCUCUACUCUCCUGUGCUUGUGGCUUUCUUCAUAUUUAUAACGUCUUGAUUGUGUGUGAUAUGCAGUGGAUGUUUCUGUAAUUGUAUGUACAUAGUAUAUUUAAAUUUUUAAUUUAAUAUUUCUGU